AAUGGAGGGCAGUUAUUAGUUGUUCGUCGAGUCAAUUUAUUACUUUGUAAAAUCAGUCAAAACAUUGUUGUCUAUUCCAUCGCAUGAAUGUAAACAUAUGUGCAGUUAUGUCCGAUGAUACGAAGUUCACAAACAUCAAAGACAUCAGACCUGGGGUUAAAAACAUCAACACUGUAUUUAUUGUUCUUGAUAUAAGUAAACCAACCAAGACGAAAGAUGGCCACGAAGUGCGAUCGUGUCGUGUCGCAGACAAAACGGGAUGUAUAAAUCUGUCUGUUUGGAAUGAUUAUUCCAGUGUCAUGCAAAGUGGUGAUAUAUUACGUCUAUUGAAAGGGUAUACGUCAAUAUUUAAAGGUUGUAUGACAUUAUACAUGAGCAAAAAUGGAUCUUUGGAAAAGAUUGGCGAUUUUUGCAUGGUUUUUUCCGAACAACCAAACAUGAGUGAUCCAGCUGCAGAAUUUUUGCAACAAUAUAAAAAGCAAGCAAAUGAGAAGGCAACUAGAGACAUGUCUAGCAAUCAAUCUGUACAACCUUCCUCUCAGUCAAUACCUUUGCCUCUGCCUUUACAUACACCUGUUGCACCACCAACUGCUCACUCCCAAGUGCCAACAGACCCUCGCUCAGCUCGGUUCCACCCAUAUCAACGAGAAUCCAACCAAGCCAACAUAGUUAAUAUGGCGAAGGAUCCUCGUCUCCGUAAUCGAGGCAACAACAAUGGUGGAGCCAGAGGAAACACCAUCCAAAGAGGGAAUAGCAAUGAUGCUGCCGCAACUCCAAAGAACAUUAUCAAUACAUCAAGAGAUCCAAGAAACCGUAAUAGAUAGCUACUACCCAAUACUAUAUGUUGGUGUAUGUAUUACUCAUCUGUAAAUAUUAUGUUUUUUACUCUUACAAUAUUUACAAUAAAAUGUAUAUUGGAUUCUAUUCUGCAUUAAUUAAAUAUUUAAUUUGUUGUUA